AUGGUAAUAAAUACAUUGAAAUCUAAAAGAAAAAGAAACACCAGUAAAACGAUGCUAAAAAAUCAAUUUACAGCUAGCAAGCGCGAACUUUAUAAGAAAUACAAGAAUUCUGAAAGUAACUUUAGAAUGUUGUUUAAACUUGUAAUUAAAAAUCGAAUGCCGCAAUUUAUUAAGAAACUUGAAAUAUCUAAUCUUUCUGAUGACCUGAAACAAAAAUCAAUUCUUGCUCUAAGAAAUCUUUCAAGUUUUUUAGAUACGGUAAGCGCAAUUAGAAUCAAUUUAAACAAAAAGAAAAAUAAGGAAUAUUUUUUUUAUUCAUUAAAUUUAGCAUGUAAUCAAUGUAGGAGAUCUGCAGGCGCGUCUUAA